CAUUAGCCAGCGUCUUCAUCUGACAAUAUUUUCUUUCAGUUCAUAAGACUUGAAGAAAAGGCAGUCAUGAGCCUCUCUGGAAAAGACAAGUCCGUGGUGAAGUCCAUCUGGGACAAAGUGUCCCCGAAGUCCGGUGAGAUUGGAGCUGAGGCUCUGGGCAGGAUGCUGACUGUAUACCCGCAGACCAAGACCUAUUUUUCCCACUGGGCUGAUCUGAGUCCUGACUCCCCACAGGUGAAAAAGCAUGGUGCAACCAUCAUGGCAGCCAUUGGAGAAGCCGUCGGAAAGAUUGAUGACCUUGUUGGUGCUCUUUCCAACCUCAGCGAGCUGCAUGCCUUCAAGCUCAGGGUGGAUCCUGCCAACUUCAGGAUGCUGGCCCAUAACAUCAUCUUGGUUAUGUCCAUGUACUUCCCCGGAGACUUCACUCCAGAGGUCCACCUCUCCGUGGACAAGUUCCUGCAGAACCUGGCUUUGGCUCUGGCUGAGAGAUACCGCUAAACUGCAGGGAUCCAAGAGCAUCGACUGCAUGCAUGUGACAUGUAGUCCACAACAAUGUCAACAUCCCUUUUAACAGCAGGGCUUGGUGAAUAAAACAAAUAAAUAUGAA